AUGACACAAGAUUUGAGCUCAGUUUCGGGUCAAUCCUCAACACAAAGAAAUAGAGCAAAUAUCGGUAGUUUCCUUUCCGAUUUUUCGGAAAAAUUGAAACAGGUGGAAGGACUUCAGAAGGAUGAAAUUGAUCCCAGAGCUUUACAUCAAAUCAAAAACUAUUUAAAACAGAUCCACGAUAUCAGAAGAAGGGACAAAAUCCACAAAUACUUAUGUUCAGAAUCUGACAAAGAUGGACUGUUACUUAAAAAUUUCGCAAUCACAUGGUUUUCUGCCAUCGAAUUAAUAGGGGAUGAAGGUGAUCUCAGCGAAAAACGGUUGGCAACCGCUAAACUGAUUUUUCAAAAGUUGAAGACUUACAAUAUUGCUGGAAAUAUUUUCUUUCCGUUGUAUAAAACACUAACCGUUGAAAUUGAGAAAUGUUCUCCCGAAGACUUGAAAGAAUUAUUGAAGUUGAACGAUGAAAUCAUGGACGAAGACAUUGAACCUACGAAGAGAUGGUGGGAUUGUAAUGUUCUGUUAUUCAGCUGUAUCAAAGAAGUGCCCAAUAUGCCUGCUGGGAAUAGUACUUUGGACGGGAAAUAUUUUGUGGAAAACAUUCUUAAUGAAUGGCUUGUGAAAAGUAAAGCUAGCACUUUCAAACAAUUACUUCAUAUGAUGACAUCAUUGGACUGCAAAUACCUGAUUGAGAGAUUCGUAAAUGAUUAUUUGGAAGAGCACUUAGAUGAAGACGAAGAUAAGCUACCUGUGACUAUUAAGGCAGUCUGCCUCCUAGAGAUUGUUAAUGAGAAAAUAUGCGAAAAGCUCCUUAAAUGUCUUCUUACUAUCUGGCCUUUCAAUACCGAAAACACACGCACUCAACUCUUGCCUUGUAUGACUUUGAUCUACAAGACUUUAUCUGAGCAUCCGGAAGUUUCCAAAAUUUUCAUGAAUAUCUUCAAAACUUUGAAAGGAGAGGUCUUGAACAGCAGUUUGGGAUUCAUAACACUACUUUGCAUCUGCGGAAUCGAUAGAUACAAGUUUACUCUAUUACCUCUUAUCCGGAGAACUCUGAUGAAAAUCUGGAAGUUUGAAGAUGAUGUGGCGGAAUUCGGCUGGGUAGAAGCUUGUGGAAGUGGGGAAUAUCCUAGUAAACUUCGUGCACAGUUUGAAAACGUAGUUCACUUGUUUGACGAUGAGAAUUGGUGGAAGCUGUUGAGCACUCCUGUGCUCAGUUUGAUUCAGUCCGUUUUAGAAAUAAGUUCUACUAAAGAGGUUAUCAUUGUUGACGGCAGAGUUGCCGGAGGACCUAGUUGUUGGUUAUUCGCAAGUAAGAUAACACAGGAGUGUAUGUUAGCUCAACAGUCAUCAAUCGAGACGCAUUUGCCUCAGCUCCUUCAAAGCAUAGCUUCAACAUCUUCGUUGCAAUCAGCUCUUGUUCUUAUAGAUGUUCUUCUGGAAGUUGUCAAACGCCGUACAGUUGAGAUACUCAGCAAUUGGAAAUUGAUAGAUGGCUUAUUCGAUUAUGUAUGUCGCAUGAAGAGAGAUGUUGCUAUUUCUUUGAUUCGUUGCUUAUUACCUAUAAUCAGUAACAGAACUCAAUUACAAGAAUCUUUAUUCCGUAGUUUGAAGAAAGAUUUGAUUGAUCCUACGAAAGUCACAGCUGCUGUGCCUAUUUUGCUUGUACUUUUAAGGAGUGUGAGUAAGAAAAAGACAGCUGCUUUGAGAGAAGGAAAUAUGUCACAAUCGUUUGGAAGCUUCUCAACCCAGUGCUUGAGCAGAAUGGGACUGCAAAGAGGAACCAAUGAUGUGUUAUCUUUAGAAAUUACAGGCAUUUUGAAGAGAUGUCUCACACAGCCAGUCACAACAAAAAUUGCUUUCUAUGAUGGAAUUUGUGAAGCCAUAGAGCGCAGUCCCUCUCUGAUCCCUCCCUUCAUGGAGAUGCUCAUCUCUCAUGCUUCAACCACACCAGCGUGGACUCCUGAAACUAUGGUUGCUUCAUCAGCAGAUAUAACAUUACUGAGAGAGCCUAUGCCUCAUCUCAUCCAGGCUUUGGAAGUACUCAUGUGUCACACGUUCGUUAAUGGAGAAGCGGAAAAUGAGACUCAAGCUAGUGAUGUUCUGAUUAAUCGUGCUAGUCAGUUGUUGAGUACCUGGGUCGCGGAUGCUUCUAGGAAAGAUUUGACAGAUUUGUCGCUUGAUAAAGUCGCUGAGUGGGAUCCCUCUACUCGACCUGGUAAGCAGACUCUCAUUUUUGCGAACAUGAUGUGCAGCUUAUACAACACGCUGAUAGAACACGUAUGGAGAAGAGUUGCCAUAUUGAACAAGUCGGAUGAUAAGGACUAUCUCAUAGCUAUCUUGAACCGUCGCAAGGAUUUGAAACAGACGCUGAAUGAGAGGACAGUACGUCGAAAAGAAACAAAAGCUCGUGCCAGCGAUGACAAGAAUGAUCUUGAUCUGCAUCAGUGUGCUAUAUUCACUACUGCCGAAACCAUCUUUCAGAUUCUCAACAAAACAAUGGAAAUUGAAGGCGAGGAUCACGAUCUUUACGCUAUAAAACAGGAGCUUCUGGACUUUGCCAUUGAGCGAGGCAAGUCGUUGAGCACGUUCUUGAGUCAAUCAAAUCAUCCACUUCACUCCGCGGUCUCGAAGACAGAAGAUUUGAAGAAUCUUGCUUACAAACUCAUGAACUUCUAUACCGGCUCAGAUUGCGUUGAAUGGAUUCGUGAGAUUCCAUCCUACGAUUCUUCCAAAACAGAUGCCAUUGUUGUCUACAGUGACAUACUGCGCUAUUUAUCGAACAAGUUGGUCAAUUACCCUGAGAAAAUCGCACAAAUAUGGCAACGUCCUGAACCGGAAGGUUCUCUUAGUUCCGCGCUAGAUAACUUAGGAAGUGAAGGUAUCAAUGUCGUACUCGUACGUCAAGUACAUAUUCUGAUGACGAAAAUCUUCUUCUCAAUCCUGACGUUGGAAAGAAGCAAUGACGAUUCAACUGAUAAGAGAAAGCAUUCAAUUGAGUUCGAAAAACAAGCAAAGGCUGUCAUUGAAGCUUCAUUUUCAAUUCUGAGUGCAACCAAUAACAGAAAUGCCUAUAAUACAGUUUUCAAGUUUGUUUUGAGAACUUUGGAGAGGUUUGAUAGCACCAUCGAUAAUAACGCCAUUCUGAAAGAAUUGCUGAAGUUUAUAUCUAAGCUCGCAGUUCGAGCAUCCGAUACUGACCAUUUGGUUUCUCUCUCUUUGACUACGAUUGCUGAUGAAGUUAUAAAGUUCCUUCAGAAUGAGGAUGCUGUCCAAAAAUAUGCUUUCAUCGACAAAUCAUCCACUCCUCAAGUUUGUGAUUUUCUCAUCUCCACUACGGAGAAGUUGUUGACGUCGGUGAGGCAGAUUGUUGUUUUCGCCUCUGAAUUCUACCCGAAAGACACCACGAUGGAUACAUUAUUGAGCUUCUCUAUUUCCAAAUGUGAAGACUCGAGUGAUGUCGUCAAUCGGUUGCUGCAAUUCCAUACGAAGUUCAACAUCCAAAAAGAGAAAGUUGCUCAAGCUUUGACUUAUCUCUUCACCGCUCUAGAUGCUCCCGUUGAAAUGCUUCUGAACAAUGUAAAAAUCGUACCAGAAAUGAUAGAAUGGGAAUGUGUUAACAAGUUGGCUACUUUUCUGAAACUUAAGAUGCAUGCUAUAAUGGCCACUGCGGAUGAGCAUGUUGGUUUAUUGGCUCCUAACGAGUUUAGAAGCAAUAACAAGAAAGUCCAGGCUGCCAAGGCGAAAAGGGACGAAACUACUUACGUCAAGUAUGUAAAAGUCAGAGAAACUUUUCAAACCAGAGUCUUAUUGCUAUCUCGUGCAUUGAAAGAUGACCGCUUGGAUUUCCAGAUUCGUGGAAAUUCCAUUGGAAUGCGAGACUUUCGAAUCAACCAAGACAUUUUUGAAGCGAAUAUCGCUAUUCCUGACGAGAGUGGAGAAGCUUCAGGCGAUGACAAUGACGAUGAAGGAGUUCCCUCGAAAAGACCUCGCAUAUCACCUGAGGCUCAAGAGACAACUUCACCUGACGAGACUGACUCGGCUGACGUAACGAUGCCAGAUGAUGAAGAAGAAGAAGAAGGAAACGAUAGAGGCGACAUUGCCUCUGACCAAGAUGAUGAUGCCAACAUAAGUAGAGUAUAUUGA